UAAGCUUCCCCUUCUUCUUCUUCUUCACCUAACUCACUCAACGGAUCUGUCAUCCAUGGCUUCUUCUAUGCUCAACGGGGCCAUUACCUUCCCCAAAGGUUCAGCUUUCCCCGGUUCCAGAUCCAUUCCUCGCCCGACCUUACUCUCCGUCUCGCGCACCACCACCACCACACCCAGACUCUCCGUGGCAACCAGAUGCAGCAGCGUCUCCUCCUCAUCAUCGCGGCCUUCGGCGCAACCUAGGUUCAUCCAGCACAAAAAAGAGGCUUACUGGUUCUAUAGGUUCUUAUCCAUCGUUUACGACCAUAUCAUCAAUCCAGGGCAUUGGACCGAGGAUAUGAGGGACGACGCUCUCGAGCCCGCCGAUCUCAGCCAUCCCGACAUGCGAGUGGUCGAUGUCGGCGGCGGCACUGGUUUCACAACUCUGGGCAUCGUCAAGACUGUCAAAGCUAAGAAUGUCACCAUCCUGGACCAGUCCCCGCAUCAGCUGGCAAAGGCAAAGCAGAAGGAGCCCUUGAAAGAAUGCAAGAUCAUUGAGGGAGAUGCUGAGGAUCUCCCUUUCCCCACCGAUUAUGCCGAUAGAUACGUUUCUGCUGGAAGCAUUGAGUACUGGCCGGACCCUCAGCGAGGCAUUAGGGAAGCCUACCGGGUUCUCAAGAUCGGUGGUAAAGCCUGUCUCAUUGGCCCUGUCUACCCUACCUUCUGGCUCUCUCGCUUCUUUUCUGAUGUCUGGAUGCUCUUCCCCAAGGAGGAAGAGUACAUCGACUGGUUCACCAAAGCUGGUUUCAAGGACGUUCAGCUUAAGAGGAUUGGCCCCAAGUGGUACCGUGGUGUUCGCAGGCACGGCCUUAUCAUGGGUUGUUCUGUCACCGGUAUCAAACCUGCCUCUGGUGACUCUCCUCUCCAGCUUGGUCCAAAGGAAGAGGACGUUGAAAAGCCUGUCAGCAACCCCUUCUCAUUCUUGGGACGCUUCCUCUUGGGAACCCUUGCGGCUGCCUGGUUUGUGCUAAUCCCGAUCUACAUGUGGAUUAAGGAUCAGAUCGUUCCCAAAGACCAACCCAUAUGAUCCCCAUUUGUUGUAGUACAUGAACAAUGUAUCAUUGUACACCGAUUCGCAUCGCAGAUCUGACACCACAAGCCGAGAAAGUAUUCAGUCCGUACAAGUUUGAACUUUCGUCGUCGUCGUCGGAAAAAAGAAAGAAAGACUCUCUCUCUCUUUCUAUUGACUCCUCUGAUUCCUACUGCCGAUGAGUGAUGAUUUCACUUUUCCCUUCCCAUUUUUCUUUUCUCCAAAAGUAGGCAUGGGCAUUCGGACCAGAUUUAGGUUUGGAAUUUCGGAUGUUUGGAUGUACACAUAUAAAAUCCGGGUAUUUUAUAGAAUCGGGUUAGGUUUGGGUCGGA